AUGAACAAGACCUUUGUCUGCUUACUACAAGUCUUGACAAAAGAGGGCUACCACUGUGUGUUUCCUUUCCGUUAUGAUGGGAAGCUACACCACAAGUGUAUAAUGGACAAGUACAUUGGUGAAACAUGGUGUGCCACUACACCUGACUUUGAUGCUGAUCUUUUGAGGGGCUUUUGCAAAGACUCAGUGCUGAUAUCAACAGAAUUUUGUGAAAACGUUAUCUGUGAAAACAAUGGAUUCUGUAUUGAUUUUCCUGGACAGGACACCUACAGAUGUAUCUGUUCAGAGAAGUAUGAAGGCCUACACUGUGAGACUGAAAAGUGUUUUGAACUAAAGCACCUGAAACACUACCGGAUAGGAGAAACGUGGACACGGAUUUAUAAUGGCAAGGCUCAAAGAAGCAUCUGCACUAAUACCGGGAUUGUUUAUCAAACCUUAAUAUCUGAAGCUUGCAACCCAAAAAUGUGUUUUCAUCGAGGAAAGUGCCACUCGGUACUCAUGAGAAAGUACUUUGCGUGUGAUUGCCAGAAAGGUUUUAUUGGAAAAUAUUGUGAAUUAGAUGUAAUUGAUCAGUGUUAUGAAAAGCAAGACCCCUGCUAUUACCAGCCAUGUAAAAACGAAGGCACCUGCAUGAAACUUGAAACUGCAAACAAUUACCAUUGCAUAUGUAGGCCAGAAUUUACAGGAAGUCACUGUGAGGAAGAAACCUGCUUUGACAAAUCAAUAUACCGGUUCUUCAUUGAAGGAGAAUCCUGGAUCCGAAUGAAUGGGAAUGAUGUUGAAAGUUGCCAGUGCACUAAAAGCGUGUCUUCUUGUCAAACUGUAAAGUCCAAAGAUGUUUUAACUAAAUGUUAUGAAAAUAAUGGAGUUGGCUAUAAAGGUACUGAAGACAAGACUGCUUCAGACGAUUACUGCAUGAAAUGGAAUCUGCCGUUUAUGAAACUUAAGUUCAACAUCUCUUCUUCAGAUGAUCUUCUUCAGUUUGGUUUAGGUGAUCACUCCUUCUGCAGAAACCCUGACAACAGUGAACAGCCGUGGUGUUACACUCUACUGAAUGGGCAGGUGUCCUGGAAUUAUUGCCAUAUCCCUCAGUGUGGUGUUGAUGCAUUAUUCGACACAAAUAAUGAAAGACCUUUGCAACUGCUUUCAAAAUGGAGAAGAAAUGAAAAACCACUACCAAAUAAUCGUCAGGGUAUUAUUUCAGAGUCAGAGGACUUGUCUGGCUUCUUCCCCUCGUUAGCAGCAAUAUAUCACGGGGAUAUUUUCUGCGUUGGAAUUCUUAUCCAGCCUUGCUGGGUGCUCACUGUUGCCCAUUGCUUCCAUUCAAUGCCAACAAAAGAGAUGAUCAAAGUUGUGUUGGGUCAACAUUAUAUAAAUGAGCCAAGUGAGGUCAUGCAGGAGUUUGGAGUAAAAUCAUACACGUUGUAUCCCCUACAUAACCCAAAUAACGGGAAGGAAUAUGAUAUAGGUCUCAUUAGGCUGCAGAAAAAUAAUGGCAGCUGUGCAACCAAAUCACACUUUGUAAAGACUGUACGUUUAGUGGCUAAAAAUAAACCUUUCUUUGAAGGUGAAGUGUGCAAAGUUGCUGUGUGGGGCUCUCGGGUCAAUGGCUCAAAUGUGUAUUCAUCGCUUUCACAUGGCAAUGUUACCCUCAUCUCAAACGAGAAGUGCAUAGAAGCCUAUCCCAAUCAUGUAAAAUUGGGAAUGAUGUGCGCUGGAAAUUUAAAGGGAGUCACUGAUGCUUGCCAGGUAGACAUUGGAGGACCACUGGUUUGUUACAGGAAGAAAACUCCAUUUGUGAUAGGAAUUAUCAGCUGGGGAACAGACUGUAGAUCAAACCUUCCUCAAAUAUACACAGAUGUUUCCGUUUACCUGGACUGGAUCCGCAAUACAAUCUUCGGCAAAAAGGUGGAUCCUCUCCAAGAAAGAUAAAUUCAUCUUCCCAACUACAAGGAAUUCUUAUUUCACUAGAAUGUUAAAAGUGUUUUUUUUCUUUUUUGUGGGUGUGAAGACAAAUGUUCAUUCCUCUUCAGAUCAAGCACAGUCAAGAGGUUUGGUAGUGACACAAGGUGUGUUUUGUUUGGAGAUGGUAGGAGAGCUCUAAUGUACUUUAAUACACAACUAUUGGUCAUCUCUAACACAGUGAUCUUAUUGUUAUGUAUUUCCAAUAUACAGCAGAAAUAUCACUCAUGUUAAUGAUCGGUUUGUGAUAAUCACAGAAUCAUAGAAUGUCUAUGG